AUGAGUGGUCAGCUAGUCAACCCUGCUGAAUCACUAUCUUAUUUUGAUAUCUCCUACCUCACCUUUGAAGCUGUUUUAGAAGUUGUUAUUGUUUGUUUUGCCGGGUUUUUAGCGGCCAAGACAGGACUAUUAAACACACAAGGGCAAAAACUACUAAGUUCAUUGAAUGUUGAUUUAUUCACACCAUGUCUUAUAUUUUCCAAAUUGGCUAGCUCACUAAGCCUAUCGAAGCUUGUUGAUCUUGCUAUUAUACCGAUUUUUUUCGCUGUUUCUACUUUGAUCUCCUAUGGUUGUUCAAGAGGUACAUCAAUGUUUUUGUCGUUGAAUGAACCUGAAACCGAUUUCGUUACUGCCAUGGCCGUGUUUGGUAACUCAAAUUCAUUACCGGUUUCAUUGACUUUAAGUUUGGCUUACACUUUACCAGGCUUAUUAUGGGAAGAUGUGUUGGAUGACGAUAGUGAUAAAGUUGCUGGUAGAGGUAUCUUGUAUCUCUUGAUUUUCCAACAAUUGGGUCAAAUAUUGAGAUGGUCAUGGGGAUUCAACUUUUUGUUGAGAAAGAGAUCGCAUGUUGAGUUGAAUACUUAUUACAAUAAACACGGAGCUGUUGUUGAAUCAGAAAAUACUAGAUUAAUCUCAGCUGAAGAUGCGUUGUAUAUUGACGAGGAGGAACAAGCGACAACAGAAGUUGAUUCAAAUUUAGAAAAUAGUAGUGAUGACUCGCAACAAUCACAGGAAGCAACAGCUGUUGUCACCAACGAGAAACCAUCUUCGUUUUAUGCAAAGUUUGCUGAACUACCCGGUGUCAAACAAUUUCUCUCGUUUAUGAACCCUCCAUUGUGGGCUAUGUUACUUAGUGUCAUUGUUGCUUCUACUCCAUUACAGAAAGUGUUUUUCCAAUCAGGUGCCGAGAAUGGCGACGGUUCAUUUAUCCACAAUACAAUUACUGAAGCCAUUUUAGGUUUAGGGUCAGUGUCAAUCCCGUUGAUUCUUAUUGUAUUGGGGUCCAACUUGUAUCCAGCUGCAGAUAUCCCACCAGCAUCAAAACACUAUACUCGUAUAUUGUUUGGCUCGUUAAUGUCAAGAAUGAUUUUACCGCCAGUCAUUUUGUUGCCAGUUAUUGCCGCAUGUGUUAAAUACAUCAACAUAUCGAUAUUGGAUGAUCCAAUUUUCCUUAUUGUUGCAUUUAUUUUAACCAUUAGUCCACCAGCUAUCCAAUUAAGUCAAAUAUCUCAAUUGAAUGGAAUUUAUCAAAAGGAAAUGUCUGGUGUAUUGUUCUGGGGGUAUGUUAUUUUAACAUUGCCAACGACUAUUUUCAUUGUAGUUGCAUCGUUGAAAGUUUUGGAGUGGGCUCAGUAA